UGAAAACAACUACCCCAAACAUUAUUUUAGAGUGAAAUAAAAAAAGAAAAAAAAAAUGUAAUUGCGGUAUGAUGCAAGCAAGCAAGCAAUUCCCCACCAUCCCAACUCCCAUUAAAUUCUAGAACUAUUAUAUAUAUAAAACCCUCUCUCUUUCCAUUUUCCAUCCUCCUUCUUUUAAUCCCAUUCCAUUGACAUUAAACCCAUCUUUAAUUAAUUCCCCCAAAAAUAAAUCAAAAAUCAUAAAUAAAUCAUGCAAGGAGUUCAACACCCAGUAAGGCUAGAAUUGACUACAUCAAGUAACACAUCACCUUUAGCCAUCGAUGUAUCAGAAUCAGCUGAAGUUAGGAUCCAACGGUUAAUAACUGAGAAUCCUGUUGUCAUUUUCAGCCGUCCAUCUUGUUGCAUGUGCCAUGUCAUGAGGAAUCUCCUUCACACGAUUGGAGUUCAUCCUACAGUUAUUGAGCUUGAUGAGGAUGAGAUCACGGCUAUUCCACCUAACUCCGAUCAAGAUUCCGGUGAAGCUCCGGCUUUGUUUAUCGGUGGGACACGUGUCGGUGGUUUAGAAAGCCUCGUGGCACUUCAUCUUAGUAAUAAACUUGUCCCUUUACUUGUUGAUGUUGGUGCUCUUUCUCUCCCCGUUUGGGUAUAAUAAAUAAUUAAUAUUAAUAAUUUUAUAUUAAUUACUUCCUUCGUUUCUAAAUGUUUUUCCGGAUGGGACUAAUUAUAUAAUUGGUAUGAAAUUGCAAAUAAUAAAAUAAAAAAGGAAAAAAUUUCCUUUCAAUAUUAUUAAUAUACUAUUUUUAGGAAGUACGAUGAUGAUUGAUGAUGAGCUAGUAGGGGAAAUAAUAAUUAUUAAUAAGAGAAUUAAAAUGUAAUUUUAAUUUGUUGUUUUUAUUGAUUUGGAAUUAAGAUCAAGAAGAAAAUAUAUUUUGUAAUUUGAAGAUGGAAAAAAGAGUGUAAUAAUAUAUAUGAUAUGAUAAUAUAAUGAAAAUAAUUAUAGUGUUCAUUAAAGUGAAGUGUUUUUAAUAAUUAAUUAAAAGGAAAAAUUAAUGUUAAUAA